GAGUCUAUAAAUACGAGCUGCUCUGGUCACUCAGUGGAUUCUUCAUCCUGAUCAGUGCUGCUGCUGGAUUCAUAUCAUCACUGCUGCUGCUGCUGUUCUUUGAGGCAGGAGGAUCCAGAGGACAUGGAAGCCUCCAUCAUGAGCACCGCUGACCAGCUGCUGCCGCUGAUCUUCAGCUGGAUCGAGAAGAGGGAGCGCUGUGCAGACCAGCUGAUUAAACUGGCCAGAGAGUUGGAGUCUCUCAGAGAGAAAUGCAACGCUGGUGAAUGUGUUGGCAGCUCUGUAGCGGUGCUUGGAGCAGCAUGUGUGAUUGGCGCUGGUUUGGCAACACUGUUCACCGGCGGAGCUGCUGCUCCAUUUUUAGGGAUGGCGGGAGCUGCUUAUACAGGCGUUGGCAUCACAGUGUCAGUGGCUGCUAAAAUCACAGAGAACUUCUUAUCCAGCGACACCAUGAAAGAGGCGAAGAAAAUAGAAGAGAAAAGCAACAAAACUGCAGCUGAAAUCCAGCAGCUGUUUGACAAACUGAGGGCCGAGGCGAAGGCAGAAAAUCCCUCUGCAGAUCCUGAUGAACUGGAUCGACACAUCACAUCUAAAAUCCUGACUUCAAUGGCGAGAAGAAGUGGAGUGAAGGGUGAAGUCAGCAUUGGCUUCUUUAAUGACAAGCCAGAAAUCUUUCUGAAUGGAAGACCAAGACGGUCAGGGGUCAACGACAUACUCGCAUCUCAAGCUAUGUUUGGAGUUGCUGGUGUUUUAUCAUUUUUCACAUUUCAACUUAGUGGGAAAGAAUUUCAGCUGUUGUUUGCUGAAGGAGUUAAACAACUGGUCAAACAAAUGUCCACAACCGCCUUUAAAACUGCCCUGAAAGGAGGCGCCAAGGUCGUGGGAGGAGCUGUUGGAAUGGUGUUUGCGCUUCAGGAAGCAAUUGACAACUGGACAGAUAUGAUCAAGAAGAAUCACGUGACCGAAGCCAGCCAAUCACUGAGAGACACGGCCAACAGUAUCCGAAAGGCCACCCAGACUCUAAGGAAACAGCUGGACAGCAUCAAGAAGAUGUUGGAUGAGAUGGCAAAAUAUCAACAAGAGCAAGAGGAAAAGGAAAAGAAAAAGAAAAGAAAGGCAAAGGUUUUUUUUGUUGUGACUGUCCAGUCAAACAGCUCAGCCGACGAUUCACAUGGAAACAAUGAGGCUCAUCAACGUCGUCAAACAGACGAGAACUAUCAAGAAGGUGGUCGAUGUGAGCGGAGCAGCAGGAAGGAACAAGGAAGUGGACGAAGUGAAAAGCCUGGAGGCCAACAACCAGGAGGGGGCGAUCCAGGAGGUAAGAAGAGUGACAGUGAGGAUGAAGACGGCAGUCGGACAGAUGAAGAAAACGACAGUGACGAAGACAGCAGUAAUAAGAAGAUCAUCAAAAAACUUUCCAGAUUCUUGAGGAUGGGGCUGCUCAAUGCUCGCUCCAUUAUGAACAAACUACUCCCAAUCUCAGCCCUCAUAAAAAAGUACAAGCUGCAGGUCUUGUUCCUGACAGAGACGUGGUUGCGACCCGACACUGGAGACGACAUCCUGAGACGAUCUUUUCCAGACUUCCAGUUUGAACAACAAGCCAGGGAGACUCCAGGAGGAGGAGUAGCCGUCCUGUCCUUAGGGAAGUUGAAGUUGAAGGCUAAACAAACUUCUUCAAGCUCAAACACGUCCUUUGAAUAUGUUGUCGCAUCGAUACACCAUGAAACAUGGAACCAACCCAUCCUGACCAUCACUCUGUACCGCCGACCAAGAUACAAUGUUACCAGGUUCCUGGAGGAGCUUAAGAGGCUCCUGAAUAAUUUUUCCAACUACAACAGCAUCCUUGUGACUGGAGAUUUCAACAUCUGGGUCGAUGUUCAAACCAAAAAACCUGUGAGGAGGUUUAUAGAAUUCUUAGAGAACAAUGGUUUACUUCAACAUGUAGAGGAGCCGACGUAUUACUCAGGUCACACUCUGGAUCUGGUCAUCAGCAGAAACAUCAAAAUCUCUAAUCUCUAUGUCUCAGGCGAAAGAAUAUCAGAUCAUUACACCAUUUUAUUCAGUGUGAGGCCACUGUCAAGCGAAGAAGAAGAAGAAGGUAGGAAAAGGAUCAAGACAAUCAGGAAAAAAGAGGAAGACAAAAGACAAAUCAAAAAGAGGGAGGAAUAAAAAACAUCACUGAUUGAAGAACAAACGUGAUCCAGUCACUUUAAAUUUAUUUCUAACACGUUUAAAUGUUGCUCCUCUGACCUGAAACCAGAUAACCAGAGGAAAAUGGAUGGAGCUUCUGGUGAUGAAUUGAUUUGACUCACACUUGUCCAAAAUUACAAGAAAGGAAAAAAAUUGUCCAAAAUGACUCAAGAAUUUGUCAGAUAUGACAAAAACUGGCCAGUUUUCCCAAAAAAACCUCAAAAUUGUGACUCAAAACUUGUUCUAAAUUACUUGAAAAUUGUCCACAAUGACAAAUAUUUGUCCAAAAUGAUUUAAAACAAUCUGACAUUUCUCAGAAUUGUUCAGAACGAUUAAAAAUACAUACAACACAUAAUGAUUUAUCCUAAUUGACUGAAAUGUUUUCCUACACACCAAAAUGUAUUUAGAAGAGCUGAAUAAACAAAUGAACUGUAGCAUUUCCUAAAAGUUUUCAGAAUCAUUUCUCUAAAAUGACUCAAAGUUGUCCAAGACAAAGUCACAUGUUCAGAUGUGAAGAAGCGUUUGGAUGAAGAUGAACCACCUGGAGAUCCUCAAACAAACAUUCAGCUGAUUUGGCUUCAUGAAUCCUCUUGAUUCUGGGCUUGGAUUAGUUUCUGAUGUGUUGCUGUGGAUUUCCCACUGGGACUGAGUGCCGUGAGCGCCCCCUGCUGGUCCUGUUGCAGAGGAAAUGCUGAGCUUCUCCAUGUUGUCUGUGAUUUACAGCUGGAUGUUUUAGUCUUUUAUGGAGUUUUUUAACGACCAAUGUAGUCGGUUGGAAAUGCCGUAUUUAAAGGUUAUUAUUUGAACAGACACCCCUUCUAAUUUUUAUUUUUAACUGAACUGCUUUAACAGUAUGUUGAGGUCAAUUCCACUUUUUCAGCAGUAGGUGGUGAUCUGGUUCUGUUGUGGAUCCAUCAGAGAGACUAUAUCUGUAAGCUCUGCCCAUGUAGCCCAGAAAUGAAUGCAUGAGGCCUGAGGAAGACGCUAACUUGGUCCUCUCUCUGUUCAUCCACAGGUAAAGCAAAACGUAGCUUUUCUAGCUUUAUUUUGGUACCGUAUCAACUAUGUGAGUACAGUGUUAAGUGUUUAUGUGAUGUAAACAAGUGUUUUGAGGCGUGUAUUAAGGUUAAUGAGUGCUGGUUCAAUGCCGAGAGGCUCGACGGCGUUGUGCUAAGAAACACUAUAGUUUCCAUUUAAGUGUAAGUGUUGUACAAUGGCAUUAACUGUGUUCAGUAAAAUCAAUGUGUUCUACAUAUUAUCCAGUCUUAGCUUGCUAGAAGUGAGUAAAUCUUAUUUUUUUGGCAAGAAGCUCCAUGUUAUGCUAGUUGCUAGUAGUUUAGCACACUCCCGGGUAAUGUAGCGCUUCUGGUAAAGUAUACAUGUGCGUGUGUGUGUGUGUGUGUGUGUGUGUGUGUGUGUGUGUGUGUACAUGUGUGACAGCAAAUGAUGAGUAAAUGUCUCAGUAAAUAUGAGUUGUUAUUUUGGUGUAUUUUGUGAGUUUAGCCCUUCUGAGUUUAUGCUAAAUCAGUGUAGAUUCAUGUGCUCUUAUUUGGUUUGAGGAAUCUCAAGACAACUCUCUUGAGGAAUCCUAUUAGUUUGUUACUCAGUUUGUCAUUUUAUUUUUGAAAUGUUCUAAGUAUGAGAUGUAGAGAAGCCACACUUGAAAGCCUAUUAUGGGGAAUGCAAUUAAUUGAUUGUUGUUUGUUAAUCGUUUAUAAUGAUAAUGAUGUCACUAUCUCAGUUUAGCUGAAGACGAAGUUCGUCAUUGAAGAAGCUGCUGUUUCCAUAGAUGCAUCAUGUCUGCUGCUGGGUUGAGAUUAGAUUAGAUUUUAAUUUGUCACAUGCAUAUAAUAAAGAGAUCUACCUUU